AUGGUCAAGACUACUCCCAGAGAAGAGAAGGGAGGUCAGGGAGGCCAGGGUGGCAUCUCAUCUAAUGCAAGUAAGAAGAGGAAGCAACCAUGGAACAAUCACAAGAAUAAGAAAGGCGGUAAGCCACUGAAGGGCAAGGAGUGUACGAAGUGUGGCAAGAGUCAUGGUGAUAGACUAUGCAUGGUUGGGCAGAACGUUUGCUACACUUGCGGCAAACUGGGACAUUUCUCGAGAGAAUGCCCACAGAACACUGAAAAGGCAUGCCCACACACCUAA